AUGAUGCGCCUGUGCCUGUCGGGCAACCGAUCCAUGGCAGUUGCCAGUACAUCACGUGCCGGCAGUGGCGGCGUGCGUGCCAGCCGGAUCGCCGCCUCCAACUACGGGGCCAAGGUGGCCGUCUGCGAGAUGCCAUACUCUGCCAUUGCCACCGACGACGCUGGGGGUGCAGGAGGCACCUGCGUCCUCCGUGGAUGCGUCCCAAAGAAGCUGUUUGUGUAUGCGUCCGAGUUCAGAGAGGUCUUCAAGGAUGCCAGGGGAUUCGGGUUUGAUGCCAACCCCGAUGUCAAGCAGGACUGGUCGUCCUUUCUCGCUAAGAAGCGCAAGGAGCUGGAGCGGCUGCACAAUGUCUACAUGAGCCUGCUGAGCAACGCAAAUGUGGAUUUCAUCGAGGGUCGGGGCAGGCUGGUCGAUGCCCAUACGGUGGAGGUCGGGGGUAAGAAGUACACCGCCCAGAAUAUCCUCGUAGCCACAGGCGCACGCGCCUUCGUCCCCAAAUUUGAAGGCUCUGAGCACUGCAUCGUGUCCGACCACAUCCUGGAGGUUCCCAAGGUUCCCAAGCGCCUGGUCAUCGUCGGGUCUGGCUACAUUGCCGUGGAGUUUGCCAGCAUCUUCAACGGUCUGGGUACUGAAGUGCAUCUUGUCUUCCGCCAGGACCAGCCACUCCGUGGCUUUGAUGGAGAGGUCCGUGACUUUGCCGCAAGCGAGUAUGCAAAGACCGGCAUGCAUCUACACGCCGGCUUCUCCCCCGUGUCUGUCACCAAGGCUGCGGACGGCACCUUCAACGUCAAGGCCAAGACCAAGGAUGGCAAGGAGAUUAACUUGGAGGGCGCAGACUACGUUCUCGCAGCGACGGGGCGUCGCCCCAACAUCAGGAACCUGGGCCUGGAGGAAACUGGCGUGAAGAUCUCCGAUAAGGGCGCCAUCGCUGUGGACCGCCUGUCCCGGACAAACGUGCCCAGCGUCUGGGCCAUUGGGGACGUGACGGACCGCAUGGCGCUGACGCCAGUGGCGCUGAUGGAGGGCAUGGCCCUGGUCAAGACCCUGUUUGCCGGGCAGGACACGGCGCCAGACCACGCCGACAUCGCCACCGCGGUUUUCUCCCACCCCGAGAUCGGGACGGUGGGCUUGACCGAGGAGCAGGCCGCGGAGCGGUAUGGCGACCUGGACAUCUUCACCUCCUCCUUCAAGCCCAUGCGCAACACGAUCAGCGGCAACGAGGGCCGCGCCUUCAUGAAGGUCAUUGUCGCGACCGACAGUGACCGCGUCGUCGGCAUCCACAUGGUGGGCCCGACAUCUGGCGAGAUCAUGCAGGGCUUUGGUGUCGCCGUGAAGAUGGGCCUGACCAAGACCCAGCUGGAUUCGGUCGUGGGCAUCCACCCAACCUCGGCCGAGGAGUUUGUGACCCUGCGCACCGCCACUAGGAAGGUGCGGGCGAAGGAGGCGGUGCCCGCCUGA